CAAGCGUUAUCUAAAUUGGGUGUUGAUAUAGUUAAAGAGUCACAUUCACACAUAGUCGUCACAUGCUAAGCGGACAAACGAGCGCAGAGAUUCUCGGUCGCAGUAAGAUUCUCGAGCUCCACUGCGCACAUUCCGGCGACAAAACAUACUUACAAGCAACAAAAAGAUUUGCAGAAAUUGGACGUUUGCAAUCAGCUGCGCGUGAGAAUGGUGACAUCCUUCGACGAUCUUGUUACGGCUCUGGAUUGCGCGGACGUUGUCGCCAGAUCUCAUCCGCAGUUCGGUGCAGGUAAAGUGUUGCAGUUUUCUUUGAAGCAAAUCCCUGGUCAGCUGGGCUUUCUGGGCGAAUACGCUCGUUUGGCAGUGACUUUCGAAGAUGUAAACGGACAGCAACAUGAUCUACGGUAUUUUGUCAAAUGUCUUCCGUUCAGCGAUCCAAAGCAGCGAAAAAUUAUACAAGACUUUGGAAUUUUCGCCAAGGAAGCUACCGGGUAUCGAGAGCUAUUUUCAAGGUUCAACCAGGACCCGCAAAAAGUAACCAAGUGGCGUCCCGAUUGUUGGUUGAUGCGCGAUGAUUUGAUCAUCAUGGAAGAUCUCCAAAUAGCGGGUUUUCUUUCGAUGCCCUACGGUCAGGAAUUCGGCAAGCAACAUAUGAUGCUAAUCUUCGAUCGAAUGGCACAGAUGCACGCAUGCUCACUAGACUUGGAGUACAAUCAGCUGAAGGGAGAGAAACUAGAGCCAAAGUUUGCAGCGGCGCUCGCGGAAAACACAUUCAUGCGCGAAAGUGUUUGGUUUGGUGUUGGACUGAAGGGAAUAUUGACUGUGGCAGUAGAAGCGUCAAAAUAUUCACAAAAUGACGUUUACAGGAAAAUCAUGCAGACGGAAAUGGUAUCAAAGAUGGAUCGAAUUUAUAACUUGGUUCAACCGGCGGAUAGCUACCAAUCUGUUAUCAUACACAGAGACCUUUGGUUUAACAAUAUGAUGUUUCGAUUCGCUCAAAGUUCCUCGCAAGACACCGUAGACUACACCAAACCACUAGAUUGUGUGCUUAUAGACUUUCAGGUAUCGCGAUACCUCCCACCUGCGAUAGAUUUCCUAUGCACGUUACAUCUCCUCACUAUGAAACACCAUCGAGAUGAACUUUUCCACACCUACGUUGAGCACUACUAUCAAAGUUUAACGGAAAAACUCAAAAACCUCAAUCUUAGCAUAGUCAAAAUACUACCAAAGGAACAGUUCCUGGAAACGCUUGACCACUACCGGUUGGUUGGAUUGCUUUGGUCCGGAGUACUACUGGCGUACGUGAAUUUACCGGAUGGUUACAUUGCAGAUCUGCAUCAGCGAGAUCCGGUGGCGUACCACGAGUUUGGACUGAUUAGCAGGGACAAGGUGAUCUUGGAGAACAUCCGAAAGGAAGGGUACUUUCGAACACGGCUGCUGGAUGCCGUCGAUGAGACUGUUGAAUAUUUGUUCGGAUUUGAAUAAAUUCAAUAAAGUUCAUAUUGUUGAGAAAUGACA